GGUCUCGGCGACACUUCCCGGUGGCCCCUCAGUGCCGACUGGCGGCGCGCGCAGCCUGAGUCGGGAGGGGCACCUGCCCCCGCGUACGACGGUCCCCGCCCCUUCAGGUGUCCAGCUCAAGUAGCGGGCACUGCGGCUCCGCACAGUGGCCCGGGAGGACCGGUGCGGAACAGUUUGGUGAAGCUCAUGGUGAGAGGAAGGAAAAUGCAGCUCCUGGGAUUGGCGGCCUGUUUGGUCCUUGGGACCCUGCAUUCCGAGGUGUCCGCAGACGGUCUGGCCCAUCUGGAUCCGGAGACAAAUAUGAAUGUGAGUGAAAUUAUUGUUUACUGGGGUUUCCCUAGUGAGGAGCACUUCAUCGAGACAGAAGACGGAUAUAUUCUUUGCCUUCACCGUAUCCCUCACGGGAGGAAGAACAGUUCUGCCAAAGGUCUUAAGCCAGUGGUGUUCCUGCAGCACGGCUUUUUGGCAGACUCUAGUAACUGGAUCACAAACCUGCCCUACAGCAGCCUGGGCUUCAUUCUGGCAGACGCCGGUUUUGACGUGUGGAUGGGGAACAGCAGAGGGAACACUUGGUCUCGGAAACACAAGACUCUUUCAGCUUCCCAGAGUGAAUUCUGGGCUUUCAGUUAUGAUGAAAUGGCAAAUUAUGACCUACCAGCUUCAAUUAACUUCAUUCUGAAUAAAACUGGCCAAGAACAAGUGUAUUAUGUGGGUCACUCUCAAGGUACCACGAUAGGUUUUAUAGCAUUUUCACAGAUUCCCGAGCUGGCCAAGAAGGUUAAAAUGUUUUUUGCCCUGGCUCCUGUGGCUUCAGUCGAGUUCUCUAAGAGCCCACUAGCUAAAUUAGGAGAAUUGCCGGAAUUUCUCUUGAAGGACUUGUUUGGGGUCAAAGAAUUUCUUCCCCAGAAUACUCUUUUGAAGUGGCUGGGCACACACGUUUGCAACCACGUCAUUCUGAAGGAGCUCUGUGGAAAUGCCUUUUUUGUUCUCUGUGGAUUUAACGAGAAGAAUUUAAACAUGUCCAGAGUGCCCGUGUAUGUAGCACACUCUCCUGCCGGAACCUCUGUGCAAAACGUGCUACACUGGGGCCAGUUUAUUAAAUCCCAGAAGUUCCAAGCCUUUGACUGGGGUAGCAGCGCCAGGAAUUAUUUCCAUUACAACCAGACUUAUCCCCCGCCUUACAGCGUGAAGGACAUGCCGGUGCCCACGGCCGUCUGGAGCGGGGGCCAGGACUCGCUGGCGGACGUCAAGGACAUCAGCGUCUUACUGUUGCAGAUCACCAACUUGGUGUACAACAAGUUCAUCCCGGAGUGGGAGCACCUGGACUUUAUCUGGGGCUUGGAUGCCCCUUGGCGGCUCUAUAAUGACAUAGUGGAUCUGAUGAGGAAAUACCCGUGAGAGGCCACGGGAGGGGACCAUGCAUUACAGUGUGUGUGCUUCCCUUCUCUGAAAGAGCUGUCUUUCCCAGGCUGUUUGCAUUUUUGUCUCUGAUCAAACUAUGAUUGACGUUUUUCAAGUGCCUCCAGGAUUAGAAAUGCACAUUUUUGGUUUAAUCAUGGCCUCAUCGAGGGCGGCCUCUUGAAGGCUGUUUAAAAAUACCACUGACUUGUAAAAGGUCCUAACCAUUCUGGGCAUCCUUAGAAUUUAACAUGCACAACAUUGCCUUCUUACCUUACUUCUUACGGUCACACAGGCCGUGCCGGGCAGGUAUCGGAGUUUCCAGGCUCUGUGGCCCAUGGUAAAUGACCUGACACUGAUUUGAAAAAGCUCCCCGUGCACUCAGUUUUUACCUCUUUGCUUUAAAGGGCUCUGCAGUCCACUGGCCUUGUGGUCACUAGGGAGCUAAGUGACAAGUUCUCAUGCUUUCAUGCGCUAGGCACGGAGUCUAAUCCUGUGACACCCCAGCUGGGCCAGUUGGAAAGAUUCUAGAAUGAAUUUUAUGAAACCUAACCAUGAUAAGUCAUUAUUUAGCAAGUGUUUAAAUUGUUCAGACAAAGCCAAAUAAUUUGCCGGAAUCUUCAGAAAAUAAACGACACUCAUUUAGAAAAACCCCAAACCCCAUAUUUUAAAUAGCUCAAAGACCGAUGCAGGCAACCAUCUAUAUUCAUGAACUUGUAAUUGGGUGGUGGGCUGUCAGUCCAGGUGGGUGAGAACACAAGUUGUGUGGGGAGACAGUACCCCUCUUUUCUGCAAAAUCAGUGCAUUCUCUUAGCUGCUGUAGCUCACUGCUGCCUUAGCUCGGUGCUCCCGUGGGGGAAGCAGAAGCCCAGGGACAGUCUGGGAGGAGUGUCCUAACCAUUUUCA